GCAGAGCUGUACUAUGUGAGGGAAGGAGUGAUCAACAGCUAUGCCCUUGACUUCAUCGUGCCAGUGCCAGCUAACUUUACCUUCAUCUACUUCACUUGGCACUCGCUAAUCAAACGACCGAUGCAGUACAUGGCUCACAUAGAGUAUGACAACGGGGAGGCCAUGGCGCUUCCACAGCUCAACAUCUCCAACAAAGGGGUCGUACCUAUAAGACCAGAGACCUUCAAGGUGUCGCUGCCGUGCACAGGGAGGGUGAGCGCUGAGGUGACCGUCAACCUGCACCUGAACAUCACCACCCACAGCCGGAACCACAACCUCACCAACAUCACCAUCAAGAGGAAGAAGAUAUGCCUCAAAGAAGAGUUCGCCCCACGCAACGAGAGCAUCUACCUGCGGCCGGAGUGGAUGUCCACGUCCCUGGGAACGCUCUACGUGGCCAUGGGGUGCGCGUGCACCUUCACCGUGCUGGUCAUCACCGUGGCCUCCGUCCUCUACCUCAGAGUCAAGCGGGCGCGGGACCAGUCCCUGACGUGUCGAUACUACAGCGGCCCCGGUUAUGUAGGCGACACCAGUACCUCUCAGGGCGGCGGAGGGGGGAGAGGCGCCGGUUCUUCCCUCAGAAGUAAUUCCUAUGCCACUAUCGCUUCCUUCAAGAAAGUUCACAUCCUCUCCCACGAGGUGUGUACAGAGAGUGGCAUGGGGGAGUCGCUUCACUAUGCCUCCUCCCCACUCUCUCAGGUUUACUCCCAACCCUACUCCCCCGCCCACUCCCUCCCUGCCUCCAGGCAUUCCCACGCCUCUUGCUGCGCCUCAUCACUCCACUCCCAGGCUUCUUGGCGCGACCCCCGGCACACGGACCCCAGCGAGAGGGUGAGGCAGUUGGCGAUCGACCGAUGGAAGGUGGAGGUCGGGGAGGUGGUACAGGAGGGUACAUUCGGGCGCGUGUACCGGGGCGUGUAUCGAGACCCGUACGCCCGCGCCGCCCUCACAGUCAUCAUCAAGACCGUCUCAGGAGAGGCGUCUUCAGCGCAGGCCCGGUUGCUGGUUCGGGAAGGCCUCCUGCUGGCGGGUCUCCACCACCAGCACCUCCUGCCUGUGCUGGGGGUCUGCCUCUCGGACCCCCGGCACCCGCUGCUCCUCUACCCGCAUCUGGGCCUCUCCAACCUCAAGACGUACCUGCUGGGCUGCAGCCGCGGGACAAGCGAGGGCGUGAAGCUGCUCACAAGGGACCUGGUUCACAUUGCCAUCCAGGUGUGUCUUGGCCUCAUCCACCUCCACCAGCAGCGUCUCCUCCACAAGGAUGUCGCCACGAGAAACUGCCUCAUAGACUCUGAGCUGCAGGUUCGAGUGUCAGACACCGCCCUUGCUCGCGACUUGUUCCCGCAGGAUUACCACUGCCUGGGUGACAACGAAAACCGCCCUGUUAAGUGGCUUAGCCUCGAGGCCCUUAUCCAUAAACAGUUUACUCCUGCCAAUGAUGUGGUAAAUGGAUCAGUCUUUGACUUCUAGUUUGGAAUCUUUUUGAAACGAAUAGUCAUC